AAAGCCAGAAGUCAUAUAACGAAAGCAAAAAUGGUUUGUCUUCUCUUUUCCCAAAACCGAAAGUGAUACGCCGGCUGCACGAAACGGCAACAGAUCUCACACAGCUGCGACGAUUGCUAAUCGAGAUCAACUUUUCUAGAUUAUAUAAGCUAUUUAGCUGAAGUUCUUCAAAACGCAAUAUCAAGCAGCUGCUUAUACCUUUUUCCACUUAGUGCAUCAGAUGUCUUUAUAUCUUGGAAAUCUAUCUUCUCGUAUUUCUAGAGAUGACCUUGAACGUGUUUUUCGGAGGUUUGGUAGGUGUACUAUACAGGUGAAAGACAGGUAUGGGUUUGUAGUUUAUGAUUACCCUGCAGUUGCUGAGAAAGCUCUGAAAAAUCUUCGAGGUAAGAGAAUUUGUGGAGAGCCAAUAACGAUAUCAUGGUCGAAUAGGCAGCCUCGACCCUUACAGAGAUCUACCAGAGGUGGUAAGUCGUAUGAGCUACUAAGCAGAAGGCAUUCUAGGAAUGAAAAUGACGAUCAAAGAUUGUCUUCAAAUGAUCGACGAGAUUGCAAUACGGAUUUCAGGCAAACAGAUGGUGAAGAUAAAAAAUUUGAUUCUUCUGACCUGGUUGAUGAAGAAACAACCUACCAUCCAAAUGUGAAAUCCCAUGCAAGGGAAAAAGAUCAUACUGCUUUGGAUGAUUUUCAUGAAGGAGGCACUGAAAGGAACCAUAUGGAAGAUGAUAGGUGGGUAGAGCAGGUUGUGGAUCCGUCAAAUGAAACUAGGAUAGAGGAUGAGUUGUUUUUUGACCGUUACGAACCUUACCAUAGCGAUGACAAAAAGGAGCAGGAUGAAGACCAAAAUCAUUUGGGUGGUUCACCCACUAUAAGGAAGUCUAUAGAGAGAGUAGGAACUAGACAAAAUGAUAGUAAGGAAACUCCAGAUCAUCCCAACAAUCAAAAAUCUAGAAGGGCUUGCUAUAUAUGUGGGGAAGUGGGUCACAAAAUGAACAUGUGUCCUCGAAAGCUUAAGAGGUUUGCUUUCAGGUCCCGAGGAAGGCUGCCCCAAGCUAACAAUGAUGUUUUAAUAAGGCAGCAGAAAAGUGAUAGGGAGCUAUCCACUUCUAGAAAUCAUCGGAGGUUGCUGGGACAAAGUGAUUCCAACCUGGCAAAGGGAAUGACUAGAGGUACAAGAAAUGGCAGCGAGGAAAAGAAACGAGAUCGGAGAGGUCAUGACAAUUUUGAAAGACGUCAAUCAAAGAAAGCAAGGGGGGCAUCGUUGUCUUCAGCCCUCUCUGAUUAUUCUGCAUCCAGAUAUCAGUCACCUUUAAGACCAUUAAGGUAUUUAUCUGGGUCUCAAUCACAUUCCGAAUCCAAAUCAGGGCCAUUGAAAAAAGGUUCCCCAUCUUCUUGUUCAAGGUCUUCAACUUCACGUCAUUCUGGACCUGUAGUUCUAGGCAAACCUCUGUCGUCCUCUCCAAAUAAUGGACAUACAGAUCACAAUGCUUCUGUGGUAAAUGCUGCUGGUCCUGUGUUUAAUGAGGAUUUAUUUGAAACAGAGAAACUGCCAAAUAGUGGUGGGGAUAUAGCUACAUGUGUUUAUAUGUCAGCUGCAAUGGAAAAUGAGUAUGUAGCAGGACCCUCUACGGUAGAAGAAGAAACGGAAAAAUACCUAUCCCUGAGGGAUGAUUCACUCAAUCAAUCUGUCUCCAGAGGUUCACAUGAAGUGUUAGAAUCGCAUACACCAAAGUCAGGCAAUGGUGAUCAUGUUGCAGAUAAUUUGUUUGUGCACAGUCAGAAAGAGAUAGUGGAACCUCCAAAUGAGAGUCUCAUGGCGGAGCAUGGGUUGGCACGAGAUUUUGAUACAUCCACUAGGUCAAAUGUUGCCAACUCAAUGAGAAUGAUGUCCACAGAGGAAAUGUUCAUGGUCCUGAAACACUAUGGUCUGGAGUGCCGGGAGGAAAAUGAAAAGAAUCUUUCUCUGGAAGCUUAUUUUGGUUCCGCUCGCUUGUGGCCUUGGGAAAUUAUAUAUUACAGAAGACUUCAAAAGGGUCCUAUUGCAGCUGAGAACUAUGCCCGGAGGAUUGCCCAGAAUGAAGAGUUUGGUAUUGUUGAUAAGUACAUCAGGGGCAGUAGUGGAUGGGGACAAUUAAGUGAAGACAAUCCUCGAGCAGGUUUUUUCAAUUGACGAAGACAUUGUUGCUCAUCUUUGUACACAUUCUGGCCUCAUAUGCUCUUUGCUGUUGUACUGAUAUAUUUGCAUGCAAACAUUCUCGAAAAGUUCUAAUAGUGGAGCCUUGAUAAUGUAUCUACAAUAUAAUUCUCUAUGGACUCGCUAAAGUAAUGUUGUGCUUAUUCAUAUUUAUCCUUGAGAAUGUUUUAGCCUUGUUAGGUAGUAUGUCAUGAUACUUGAGGCUUCUGACUUUCCUACUGUACUGCCUUCAAAUGACAUGUCUGAAAGAAUGCAUGACAAAAUUCAUUUAGUAAUUUUGUUUA